CAGUUGAAGCAGAAUCCAGGACCGGACAACCCCGUCUUCCUUCCCUCUGACUCUGAGAAUGACUGGCUGUUGGCAAAGCUGUUUGUGAGAAGUGCAGACUUCAACCUGCAUGAGCUCAACUAUCACCUGCUGCGCACUCACCUGCUGGCUGAGGUUUUUGGCGUUGCUCUAAAGAGAAACUUACCCAGCGUGCACCCUGUUCACAAGAUCCUCAUCCGUCACACACGCUACACUCUGCAGAUCAACGUAAUGGCUCGAAAUGACCUCAUCUCCCAAGACGGAGUGUUCACUGAGUUUACAGCUUCUGGUGGAGCAGGUAUGCUCACCAUCAUGGAGAAAUCUCUCUCCAACCUCACCUACAAGUCUCUCUGCAUACCUGAUGAUAUCGAGGACCGAGGACUGAAAGAUGUGAAAAACUUCUACUACAAAGAAGACGGACUGAAGCUGUGGAACAUCAUGCACAGCUUUGUGGAGGACACUCUCAGCUACUACUAUUACGAGGACAGUGACGUCAAAGACGAUGAAGAGCUGCAGAACUGGAUCAAGGAAAUCUAUGAACAUGGGUUUCUGAGGGAAGCAAAGACAGGUCUGUGA